UGGCCCCGCCCCCACGGCGCGCUGACGUCACGCCGCGCUCGACGCUCUCCCGGAAGCGCCGCCGAGUAAACGGCGGGGGCGUGUCCGCAGGUGUGUCCGCGUGGAGGGGCCCCAGGAACGCGCCGCCCGCGGCCGUGCCCGUCCCGCGCUGGCGUCUGCCCGGUGAUCCGCGCCAGACGUUUCCGGCCUUCGGCGUGACCCCAUGGAAGUCGGGGAGGCCGCCGCGGCUCCGCCGGACCCGCCGCGAUGCAACGGCCUGGGCUCGGGGGCUGACCCGGGUCCGGCGGCGGCGUCCCCGGACCCGGUUCCCCACCCGGAGCCCCCGCCGCCGCUGCAGGCCGCCGGGGAGGCCCCGGGCCCCGGGCAGGCCCCGGGCACGCAGCUCGCGCCCCUCACCGGUGUCCCCGGCGACACCUGCGUCAUCCACCCCGGCGCCCCGCGGCUGGCACGCCCCGAGGCGCCCCUGGACACCUCGGACUCCGACUCGGACUCGGACUCGGACUCGGACAGUGAAACAGAUUCAGAUAGCUCAAGCUCCUCCUCUUCCUCAUCGUCUUCAUCAUCUUCCUCCUCCCACAUGUCACUUCCUCUAGUGUUGUCAGAUGGAGAGGAUGACUUACAAGUUGAGAAGGAAAAUAAGACUUUUCCUCUAAAGACAAAAGAUGAGUUGCUUCUUAACGAGCUACCUUCUGUUGAAGAACUCACUAUUAUACUGCCUGAAGACAUUGAAUUACAGCCUCUUGGGACAGUUUCAAGUAUUAUUGAACAAUUAGUAAUAAUUGAAUCUAAGACUAACCUUCCUCCAGUUAAUGAGGACACUGUAAUUUUUAAAAGUGAUCGACAGGCAGCAGGAAAGAUAUUUGAGAUAUUUGGUCCUGUUGCACAUCCAUUUUAUGUGUUACGAUUUAACUCUUCAGAGCACAUCGAGAGUAAAGGUAUAAAAAUAAAGGAUACUAUGUACUUUGCUCCAUCAACAAAAGAUUUUACUCAAUAUAUAUUCACAGAAAAACUUAAACAGGAUAGAGGAUCAGAUGCAUCGUGGAAGAAUGAUCAGGAGCCACCACCAGAGGCCUUAGAUUUUAGUGAUGAUGAAAAGGAGAAAGAAGCCAAACAAAGGAAAAAAUCUCAGGUCCAAGGCAGGAAAAAAUUCAGAACGGAAUUUAAUGAAUCAGGUGAAGACAACUCAGAAGUCCAUCAGAACCUGAACGCUCACGGCUUGCCUGCAGAGCACCCCAAAGGAUUCCACAGUCGAGACUUCACACGAGGAUUUUCCCGGGGAAGAUACCCCCAGCCUGGCCACGGCAGGCCCCCGACUCGGCAGUUUUACAGCUCGGAGCAGCUGGUAGCUCAGGACACUUCCGGAUUCCCAAGUCAGAGUCAGGAGAACCCCGUCCUGACACCGUACCCCUUUCCCCCGCCGGUGUUUGACAUGCACAGGUUCCCGUUCCCCCCGCCGCCCCCUCCCCCGCCCCCUUUCCCCCCUGCACCUGGAAACAUGGUGUGGCCAGCCCCUAACCUGGCCACUCACCCGUUACUCCCCUUACCAUACUCCUUGCCCCCGCCGCCUCCCCCCCCACCCCUGCCUGCCCCUCCAUCUGCUGGAGAGAGUAAUUGUCAUUUCGGGCCUUACUAUUAGGUAUAUAUAUAUAUAUAUAUAUAUAUAUAUAUAUAUAUAUAUAUAUAUAUAUAUACACAUUUCUAGAGAAAUGUAGGCUUUUUUAUAUUAUUUGGGACAGGGUUUUUCUUGGUUUUUUUUUUUUUUUUUGUAUUUUAAGAAAGGAAUUAUGGAGCUAGAUUUUUAAAACAAUGUAAAAUACAGAAUGAUAGACUCCUUCAGUUGUAAACUGGUAUAUAUUUGUUACAUUUGUGAAAUUGUAUCUGUACAAAAAUCUCUCUUGAACUUCCUGGAGGGAAAAUCCCACUAAGUAAUAUAUAAAACUGUGACUCCCUCCCUGCUCAAUGAAAUAAUAUAUAUUGGUAUAAAAUAAAGAUCUUGAGCAACUUU